UUAACAACGCAGUGACAGAGCGAGCAGUGAUCAUAGAUACAAUUUGUUACAUUUCUUUGAAAUUAAGAUUAAAAUCAAAAUCUUAAACAAAAAAAUAUAAGAGAUAAUGGCAGGUUCAUCAGAAGAGGGACAAGUAAUUGGCGUUCACAACGUUGAUGCAUGGAACGAUAUCCUCCAUAGGGGCAAUGAAUCCAAGAAACUGAUUGUUGUGGAUUUUACUGCUUCUUGGUGUGGACCAUGCCGUUUCAUUGCACCAUUCCUUGCUGAGUUGGCCAAGAAGUAUACAAAUGCCAUAUUCCUUAAGGUGGAUGUGGACGAAUUGAAGUCUGUUGCUCAAGAUUGGGCUAUUGAAGCCAUGCCAACGUUUGUUUUUGUGAAAGAAGGAACAAUUUUGGGCAAAGUGGUAGGAGCAAAGAAAGAUGAGCUGACACAGACAAUAGAGAAACAUGUGGCAUCAGCCAAUGUUUAAUUUUGUUGGUGGUAUUGUUGGCUUCAUCUACAAUGACAUAAUAAUAUUUACUGUGAUGCCAUCUUUAUUUUCAUUAUUAUUAUCUUGUAGUGAACGUUUUUUUUUUCUUUUUUUGCACCUUACAACUUUAUAUAGAUGGUGACGUAUCGUCUAUGACUUCCAAGACUUUAUUCCUUCUUGUCUUAAUAAUGGUGGAUGAUGAUGUUAUAUUAUGCAAUCCUAAUUUAUGACAUUGUUGACUUUCCUCUUCA